AUGGCUAGUGUUUGUGUUUGUUACAACACUCUUCAUCCUCUAUCUUCUCUCACUUCAUCUUCAAGCUUGGUUCACCUUUGUCCAUGCUCUUCCACAUCUUCUCAGUCACCAUCAAAGUUCGAAUUCCCUUCGCUCCUCCGUUUCCCCUCCAAAUGUAGACGCAAACCGACGAAGCCUAGGCUCUUGAUGAUCGUCGACCCCAUUUUGCUCUUUAACGGCGUCGGUAGCACUCUCUACUUCGAUACGCAAACACUCCUCGUUACUGUCAGUGUUUUGGCCGCCAUUGCUCUUUCUCUGUUCCUCGGCCUUAAGGGGGAUCCGGUGCCUUGUGAGCGUUGUGGUGGAAAUGGUGGGACAAAAUGUAUUUUUUGCAACAAUGGCAAGAUGAAGCAAGAUAUGGGGUUAAUUGACUGUAAAGUAUGCAAGGGUUCAGGAUUAAUACUCUGCAAGAAAUGUGGAGGUUCUGGCUAUUCCCGAAGGCUAUGAGCUGUGAAUUUCCUUUUGUGUCUGGAAACCAUAUGUUCUCAAAUCUGCAAUGGUGUGUUUCUCCGCGACUGGCGUUUUGUUUGAACAAGAGCAGGCUCCUCCUCCCACUUUUCACUCAUUACUUCACUGUCGGUGUCUUCAUCACCCUUAAAGACUGGGUGGAUAUAUGCAUUUUGAAGGAA